ACGGGAUUGAAUGGGAUAAUAUACACUGGAUUUGAUCUUUUUAAACGAUUCUACGUUUUAGCCUACAUAUUUUUUCGAUAAAUCAUAAUCUCUGGUGAGAUUUGAAUGCGACUCAGUUUCUAUGCAGUCGAGCGCCGCCUGCAGGAAUAAAAGUUCGUCUCAUGAACUGACAACAUUUGCAAAUGUCCGAUACCAGGGUAAAGCAGGGCUGCACAUGGACAUGGCGAAAUUCCUCAGUCAGGAUCAAAUCAACGAGUAUAAGGAGUGUUUUUCGCUGUACGACCAGAAGCGCAGGGGUAAAAUGAAGGCGCAGGAUCUGUUGACGGUCAUGAGAUCUCUGGGAUGCUGUCCGACCCUGACGGAGCUCGACAGACACUUACUGACCCAUAAAAUAGAUAAGAGCGGCGAGUUGGACUUCUCCACGUUUCUCAGUAUGAUGCACGCGCAGAUCCGGCGGGAAAACCCGCGGGUCGAGAUCCUGCGGGCCGUGAGGGUGAUGGACACGGAGAAACGAGGCUUCAUCGCGGCGGUGGAGCUCAGGGCCAGACUGACGGGCUUUGGAGAACGUCUCGCAGAUCAAGAAGUUGACGAGUUGCUGAGUGAAGCCGGCGUGACGUUUGACGGACAAAUCCACUACGAGGACUUUGCAAAGAUGGUGACGUUUCUGAUGGUCGAUGCAGAACAAACUUCAGACCAGCAGUAAAUCAGCAGCACAAGCUGAAAACCACAGAUAUUACCAUCUCUAAAUCUUCCUAAAACAGCAAAAAAUGAAAUAACUACACAACCAUGACCAUAUUUAACUGAUAACUGAUAAACCACCUGCCAGACCGAUUCAAUCAUUAACUAGCCGUGGGAUUGUUUUCAAAGUGACCAGAUGUGUCCGUGAUAAGUUGGUUUCUGACUUUCCAGAAACUUCAAUACAGGUUAAUAUUUCAGAUUAUUGGUAUUGUAUUUGAAAUUAUGAUCAUAGUGCCCUCUUGUGUUAAUAAAGAAUGUUAUUUUAAACAGGCUGUGAUGUAGUUGAUGUGUUAAAUCACAUUUCACACAACAGAAACAAAUUUUUGUCCGGUUCAAAAACAAUAAAUGUGGAUCACUGAAUGCAAACUGCCUCUCUCUCUCUCUGUUAAAACAAGCGUUAAUCAGUUUAUUAUAACCUAUAAAAAGCAAGAACUCAAAGCAAACUGUUGUUUUGUGAACCAAACCAUCUUUGCGUCGUAAAGCUCAUAAAUUCCCCUGUUGUGCUGUUAUUGUUUGCAGUGGUUUAUGUGUCUGUGUUGAGAUAAUAAAGCUGUUGCUUCAGUCUCGAUUCACUCCCUAAACCACAGACCUGCUGUCAAAUGUUAAUUAAGAUGGAAUAACAGUAAAAGUUAACUUUGUAAUUGUGUUUAUAAGGAAAACAAACAUUGCUAUGAUAAGACAGGACUUUAUUAUGCCCUUCAAAUGGACAACAUAGUAACACUGUUUACAUUCAUUUCCUUUCGGACCAUCACCUUCACAUGGUUGAGGUCACUGACACAGCUUUAUUACACGUCAAAUGAGCAAUACAUUUAAUUAUUUCAGAAUUUCCAGGCAAUAAAUUCAAACACCAAAAAGGAGGUCGGAAACCAGAUAUGAAUAAUGUAUCAAUUUCAAGUUGUUUCUUUAACAUCUGCUUCAUUUACAGUACGAUCAUUCAUGACAUUAUAGCAAUUAUUUCAAUCUCAGGGCAGAGAUUUGUUUUUAAAGCAACAAAAUUUUUCUCUGAGUAAAGGUGUGUGUGUGUGUAUAUAUAUAUAUAUAUAUAUAUAAUUAUAUAUAAUUAUUAAGAUGUAUAAGCAAUUAUAGUAAUUCAAUUGAAAAAAUAUAUUGAGCCAUUGAUUUUUCAGUGCAACAAUAUCUUCCUCCAAAUAUGAAUAAAAGUGAAAAAAUGGGGUUGGUCAAAUAUUUAUAAAUAU